GGUCUUCCCUCUUCUGAUCUGGAUUGGUGAGCUCCCGAGAUGGCAGAUUCAGAGGCUAGUAUCCUGGACUCCCCAUCUUCUACCACGUCAUUCUUGUCCUCCGAAGAACACAGACAUUCCAGCGGGCUCCCAUCCCCAAACUCUGGAGACAGAGGGCCUUCAUCCUUUUCCCAGCCCUCAACAGCCCUGCGGCCCCUGCCAUCUGCACCUCAGGCUGGCUCAUGCAUUGCCGGGCAUCCGGGGAUUUACUCCCCCGUUGCCAUUUCGCCAGAGCCAACCACUCACCUCAUAGACUGGUUACCUGACCUCACCUCAGCCCCACCGGUGGGCAUCCAAGGGGAUGGCCAGGAACGCCAGGGCCCAGAGAAGGGUGGGGGCAAGAUGCUGCAUGCAGUUGGAAAAGAGGGAAAUAGUCCAAGGCUGGGCAUGGAGGAACUGCUGCAUAGAGAGUUGGUUUGCCCCUCUCCCAUCCCCUCGGGGGGAAGCCUAGGAGCCAAUCAGAUACCCAGUGCUGGGCCAAGCUUGGAAACUGAUGUCGGGAGCAUACUCAUGGAGCUGAAGACGAUGAACGGCCAUUUAGCCAUCAUAGCUACUGCUCUCACUAAACUUGCAUCAUCUCUGGCACCACGUGCUCCCAGUUCUCCCGAGGCCCCAGGAUCUAAGUAGAGGAAUGUGGAGCAGCCCACUUUUCUGGAACCUUUACUUGUCAACUCAAGAAGCUCGCCCCUCAAGCUCAAAGCCGGACUGUGGGACGGUACCCGCUAAGUGGACUCGGAAGGAAGCUACAGUCUUCGCCUAGAAAGCAUAAAUCUUGAAAACGCAUUCAGGUUUCAGCAGUAAUACACAAGGCACGGGGUUUCCAAAUUCUUUUUUUUCUCCCUUCCUGAAAUGGGCCUUGGACGUGAAAUUGUGGCCCUCAUCUAGUGGGGGAAGAGGUGACCCCAAACAUCUCUUCCUGCCCUUUUCUUUUCUGUCCCCACUUAGAUUGUGUAGAUUAAAAUGUCAUCUGCAAAGAGGCAUUCGGGAAGACUUGAGCUCCUGGGAAAAAGAUGCUCUGUAAAUGUAAGCUAGUAGCCAGUAACAGACAGAAGGGUCCCAACAGACUGCCUGACCCAGUCUUUGGUUUUCAAUAUCCAUGAAUUCUCAGAGGGACCCAAGAAGAGAAGAAAAUUGUGAACAGCAGCAUGGCAAAACCCAAUCCAGCUUCUGACUGGACUUCUGGUCAUUCCUUUUCUGAGUGAUCUCUGAUA